CAGGAAGUGACGAGGGCAAUAAAAGGAUUGGGAGGAAUGUUGUUGACAUGCAAGAAGCAGCCUGUUAUAUCGUAUAUCUUACGUGUCAUAUCUGUGAGCGUUAAGUAAAAGAUAAGCUGUUCUCCUAUAAACCAAACGUGGUAAGUUCAGCUGGUCAUUGUUGCAUUUUGUCGGGAUAGUUAUCUGUUUGGUUGCCGGAGCAGUCCAAAAUGGACGACAGCAAGAUGGUGGGCGGCAAAGUGAAGAAGCCGGGCAAGCGUGGACGUAAGCCGGCCAAAAUCGACCUGAAAGCCAAGCUGGAGCGGAGCAGGCAGAGCGCACGGGAGUGCCGGGCCCGCAAGAAGCUGCGCUACCAGUAUUUGGAAGAGCUGGUGUCCAGUAAAGAGAGGGCCAUCUGUGCGCUGCGGGAGGAACUGGAGAUGUACAAGCAGUGGUGCUCUGCGAUGGACCAGGGGAAGAUCCCAUCCGAAAUCAAGGCCUUGCUGACGGGAGAUGAGCAGAAGACGUCCCAAAGCACCAGCAAGCCUCCUAAGAAUGGAAAGGGUCACACAGCCAGUAAUGGGCAGAGUAAGCUGGUUUAGGGUGGACAAGUGUAAGCAAAAGCCUUUGAGGUGACAGUGAAAACUCUGCCUUUGCGUGUGUUUUUCACAGUAGUCUCUUUUGCACUGUAGAGUUUGUAUAUUGCACAGGUUUCUGUUACGAUAUUUGUAGGAGCUGGAUGUAAGUUGACUAGUCAGUUAAAGCUGCGUUGUUCGAAAUUACUGAUAUAAAAGAGUGGGCAUGCGAUAAUGAAGGUACUUUGUAAAGAUGUGUAAAUUUACUGUUAGCCUGUUUUUUUACCUUAUGUUUUCUCUAUCACUGUGUGCAUUUGUAUGCUAAUAAGGCUUCUGUAUCAUAGAAAUGAUAAUUUUUUAUGUGGAAGGCAGACUAAAUCUGCUAACGGAUGCUAUAUUUUGCUAUUAUGAGUAGACAACUCUAGCUAUAUUCCUGUUAGGAAUGAAAACCUUUCGCCGUAGUGUGGUCCAUACUCUGGAAAACUUUGUGGAAGCUGUUUUAUAAAUGAUGUGUGUAAGGUUUUAAAUCAGUGGUGACCUAGUUUGUCCAGAUGUCCAUUCUUGCUGAGUAGGUGUGGAAGCAGAACUUAUUUUUGUAAAGGCCUAGGAGGUACGUGAGCAGCAGACAUGCUUUUUUUAAUUAGACUCACUGAAAGGAAGUCUCUCUUCAGUGUGUGUGUGGUGGGGGGCAGUCGAGCGUGUGUGAAGUCUGAAAUCCAGGCCUCUGGUACACAUGCGGAUCAAUGACGAACGCACAAAUGCACCUAGAGAAGGCAGGCCCGCUCUGUAGAGGAGGAAUGACCAGAGACGGCCAGCCACACUUCUGUCACCUUAAUGCGGGCGCGGCCGCUGGCCCAGGGCUCCAGCCUCUCGUCCUCGUGACUCCCCCACUUCACGCAAGUAUGGACUAUUGUCCUUUUCUGAGAUGCUCCUUUACUGGCACAAGGACGAGAGGUCAAUUUGUUUUUUUGUUUUUUUUUUUAGAAAAAAAAUACACUUUGUGAUGAUCCACUUGCUUGAGUGCCAAAAGAGAUAUGUCCAAGAACUGAAGACCACACUGAGUUAACAAAGAAAAUGGGUAAUAACUGUGAUCGACGCUGACAUUUUUUUUUCCUAGCCUUUGUUUUUGUGUUAUGUAUGUUAUUAUGUUACUAUAAAUUGCACUAAAAGAGUUUUGUUAACGUUUCCCUCCAUCUGAUUUCAUGUAUGUAUAUAUCUGUACAAAUGAGCUCACUGUUAACCUUCCAAGGACAGAGAGGCUUGAUGGAAAGGCAUUGUGAUCGUACUAUACAAAAAGGAGCUUUAAUCAUGACCGAACGUUCCCUGUGUUUCAUUAUGUGUAUGUGCUCUCACAACACAGCUAAAAGCUAUGUGCUGUACUGUGCACACUAAACCUUUUCACGUUAGCUAUAGACGAACCAUAACAUUUUGGAAAAAAAAAGUUAAGCCUCUGGUUACCUUGUAGCCAGUAUAAGAUUUUGUUGUUCAUCAGCGUUGUAUUUGUAAUUAAAAAUGAUGGAGAGAGAGAGAGGGAUCAGCUGGGAUCCAAAAGGAAGGGUGAAGACACUUCUUGCACCUAUUUUCUGUGGUAAUAAGUGGCAAUAACUACUAAGCUGCAUGGGGCCUGAAGAAAGGGAGCAGCUGUCAGUUGGCAUUUCUUUCUUUUGGUUUCGUCAUGCUUGUCUGUUCAAAAAUCCCCCAGAUUUGAUGGUAUUUAUUUAUUUCCUCUUAUGAGAACUGAACAGACGUUAAAACUAUGUUUUAAAAACGGGGUUCUCGUACUAUAUGGGGUAAUGGGGAAAUGCCAAAGUGUCCUUGAAGGAUUGUGUGUGCGUGUUGCCGUUAUGUUUGUACUCCAAAAGGUUUCACUCUUGCUGUCUCAUAUUGUUUUAUCUUGCUGUGUCUUUUUGGCCCUUUUUUGAAGUGAUUGAUAUCUAAGGGCAUUUUCUGGUCCCCCAAUUCUAUUUUUUUUGACUGAUUAAUUUAAUUGUAUCGCUGAGUUUGGACUCUACAGUUAAAUUUAUGUAUAUUUAUUUACAUCCCCUUAAGAAGUUCAUGUUGUAUGUUGUUUGUGAUCACAUUCUUAAAAAAUAAACCAUUAAGAAACCAUUUUAAA